UUAUGGACUUUGUUUUGAAAUAAUACAGUGCUUUGUUUUGUUUUUUACAGAUGGCAGAAGGUUUUUAUGAUUCCACUAUGGAAUAAAAUUGCAAUUUACUGGAAUAAAGCAUUCCUUACAAUAAUAGUACUGCUGAUUGUUUUAUUUCUUGAUGCAAUUAGAGAAGUGAAGAAGUACUCAGCUGCUCAUGCGACUGAGAAGGUUGCAAGUGUCCACCAAAAUGCCUUUGAUCAUAUUCAGAUGAAACUCUUUAGGUCCCAAAGGAACCUUUAUAUCUCAGGAUUCUCACUUUUUCUUUGGCUAGUAUUAAGGCGUACUAUUACCCUAAUCACUCAGUUGGCAAAAGAGAUGGGAAUUCAGGUAGCUCUGGAACUUCAGGUAGCCAACACUAGUGAAGCUGCCAAAAAAUACCUACAGGAGAAUGAAAUACUGCAACAGGCAUUGAAUGAAAAGGGGAAGUAUAAAAGGGAACAGGCACUGGAAGCCUCCAACAAAAAACUGAGGCAAGAAGUUGAGUACCUAACAGAUGAAUUAAAGAGAGCUUCAAAUGCUCUUUCCAAGGCAACCAAUGAAGUGAUUGCUGUUAAAAAGCAGUCUGAAGGCCUUAAGAGGGAAUAUGAUCGUCUUAUGAAAGACCAUGAACGGCUGCAGGACCUUUUAGAUGAAGAUGAGGAGGAGGAUAAGAAAGACCAGUAGACGUGGUUCAGAGAAGACCAUGGAUACAGUUGCCUCCAUGGGAAAGUCAUACUCUUGUCUUUAGCCUCCUCACAUGUAUAAAUAGAAAACAAGAUUAGAUUUUCUUAAAAUCCAAAGCACUGCAGUUCGCUAUUCAUGUUCUACUUACAGCUCUGGUUGCCAAAUAUAUUCUGUGCCGUAGUGAAAAUAUUAAAUGAUCUAGAAGAUAUGCCAGGAAGUCUGUCUUUGCUCUUGUGAGGUAAAAUUAAGCAUUUUAAAUGGGAAAAUUCCUUCUGGAGCAACAACCUGGUGGUUCUCCAUCCUUUUGCCUUGCAACAUGGUAAAAGAUCAUGGACAAUAACACCAAUAGCAUUGCGUGGGUUUACAAGUCACAACAAAGUGUGCAAAUCUGACAACUUCAGCUUCUUUUGCCAGCAACUGUUAGCCUCGUACAGUUCAACUUUAAAAAGUUAAACAUUCUAUCUGCUGUUAUAUUUGUGUCAAGUAUUUGACAAUCAGCAAAAGCGUAAAAUCUAGAUUUCUAAAUCUAUCUCAAACUAGCUUGCGUGCGUGGUUUUGGAUGGGUAUUUUUUGUUUUGAGGGGGUGGGGCUCUUUUGUUUUAUGGGUUUUACAUUUUUCUUUUUAAAUCAGCCACUAAGAGUAACAUGUUUUCAGUAAUGCACUCUGCAUGCAUUAUGAUUACUCCUUUGAGACUACUUUGAAUUUCUUUUUAGUCAUAACUGAAAAUAUUGUUAUGUAUCCUCUGGUUUAUUUAUACAAGUACUGAGGUCUCUUUACUCUGUACCACCUAACUUCUUGCUUUGUAAAUUAUAACUUUAUUUGAAAAAUAUUCUCUUCUGUUUUUUCAUGGCUAAAGUACCUCAAACAAAUGUACACUGUUUUAAAUGGGUUUUUUGCAUUCUAAAAACACUUGCAUUAGCUGGUUGAAAUUUUCUACUAUGAAGUUGAAUAUUGUUAUAUUAAAGGAAUUGUUAAAGCA